AUGGCACUCAUCCUUAAUGAAGCCCAGGCCGAAGAACCAACGAUAUUCGAGCCAUCAGCAGCAGCAGCACUACCGCUCAUCAUCCCAGAACCAGCAGGGCGCAAACACCAUCACAUCCUCCCCCUCAACGAACACCCCAGCACCCUCCCACUCGCCCCGCAGCCACCCUCCCCCAACCGACACCCCACCUUCCUCCUCAACAACUUCCCCCACCGGCCUCACUACUACCAGCCAGACUCAGUCGGAGCACAGCCCGGAUACUCAUUGCUCUCCGAGCACAAACCAGCAGCGGAAGACACGCCCAGCCGUAGCCAAAAAGCGGCCCCCGCCUCGAUGAUCAUCACCAAGAAGAUCCUCCCCAUACCCCCCAGUCUGUCCCCCAGGGUCCGGCAAAUCUUCCUGAACAAGAUCAACUCCCAGCAGGCCCAAUCAUGUGCGCAGCUGCCGCGUCGGAAGAAAAAGAAGGCCGUCGAACCACUAUCCCUCCCCCCCGUCUGA